AUGCCCGGUCCUCAGGGGGCCGAAGGAGCCCCUGCCAUGAGCCUGGGCAAGCUGUCGCCCAUGGGCUGGGUGUCCAGCUCGCAAAGCAAGCGGCGACUGACUGCGGACAUGAUCAGCCCACCACUCGGGGACUUCCGCCACACCAUGCACGUGGGGCGCGGUGGGGACGUCUUCGGCGACACCUCCUUCCUCAGCAACCACGGCGGCACCGGGAACACCCACCGCUCACCCCGGAGCUUCCUGGCCAAGAAGCUGCAGCAGGUGCGGAGGGUCGGGGCACCGCCCCGCCGGCGCACAGCCUCCCCGGCCACACCCUCGCCGGCCCCGCCCGCCAUCUCACCCAUCAUCAAGAACGCCAUCUCUCUGCCGCAGCUCAACCAGGCUGCCUAUGACAGCCUGGUGGUGAGCAGGUUUGCCUUCGAUGGUGACAGCCCCACCGACUCUCCGGACAGCCGCUCUGCUUACGGCACAGACUCCGGCUUCUGCACUAUCUCCCGACUGCCCCGCUCUGACAAGCCUCACGACCGAGAGCGGGACCGUGAUUGUGACCGCAACCAAGACCGCAACCGGGACCGCAACCGAGAUGGGUCCUUCCCUGGCGAGCCUGAGCUCCGCCGCUCCGAUUCUCUCUUGUCCUUCCGCCUUGACCUUGACCUUGGACCUUCCCUCCUCAGUGAGCUGCUUGGAGUCAUGAGCCUCUCAGAAGCCCCUGCAGCUGAGACCCCAACCCCAUCUGCAAACCCCCCAGCCCCUCCUCCAAGCUCCCCAGCCCCUCCUUCAAGCUCCCCAGUGCCUGCCUCCAGCCCCUCACCGCAUGGACACUGCCCCAAUGGGGUAACUGCUGGCUUGGGCCCAGUGGCUGAGGUGCGGGCUGGCCCAGUGGGGGAAGGUCCCCGAGAACCUGCUGAUGCCACCAUAGCCCUGGGCAGGCACUGGGGAGCCAGCUGGAGGGGCAGCCGCCACUACACAGAGGUGGAUGCCCGGCGGGAGCUGGUAGGGGUGCUGCCCCAGGCUCGGGCCUCCUGGGAGAGCCUGGAUGAAGAGUGGGGCCCUCCCUGGGCAGGCAACAGGACCCCCGUGCCCAGCACAGUGCAAGCAAACACCUUUGGGUUUGCUGACGCUGAAGAGGAAGAUGAUGAGGUGAAGGUGUGAGGGUGGGGGUCUCAGGACCACACCCACCCCUCACCCCCCACCCCGAGGUGGCUCCUGCAGGGAUGGAAGAUCCCACGCUGCCCCCACACGCUUUCACAUCUCUGCCAGCUGGGCAUGGGAGAGAGGCAAAGGACAUUGUGUGGGCCCAGGAUCUGGCUCUCCUGUCGGCCCUACAGGGCUCACCUGCUUCCCCGCAAGGCCCCUGCUUAUGCCCACACAUCCAGCUAGAGGGCCCAACCUCACAAAGGGAACUGCCCCUCCACCUGUGGGGUGGGUAGGGAGAGCAGCUUGCAGAGCCCUCCCUUCUCUCCCACAGGGAAUGCCCCAGGAGGGUCCCCACUGCCCCCAGCUUCCUUGCCCACCUCCUCCCUGAAACCUGAGAGAAUGGUCAGGUACCACCUCGUGGAAGGGGGGCCGGCAGAAGGGGAAGCAACUCCCUCCGGU